AAUAUAGAAGCACUCCUUUGCUAAAAUAAGCUCACUCCCUCGCCUCCCCUCUCUCCUCCACAAAUCUCAACACGUAUAUACGUAUUCACCCCCCUCUCUCUCUAUAUAUAUAUACCCCACCCACGCCUAUUCCAUUCCUUCUAACUCAAAACUCGAGUUCCUCGAUUCAAACCCCCUCCCCCCUAAAAUGGCCGUUUCUUCUGGUGCCAGCCUCUCCAAGAGUGGCGCUGAAGGAGAGGUUUACGACGGCCACUACGAGCAGUUCGAAGGAAUCGGAAAGCGCGCCGCCGACAAGUUCGACCCCGCCGCGCCGCCGCCGUUCAAAAUCGCCGACAUCCGCGCCGCCAUCCCGCCGCAUUGCUGGAUCAAGGACCCCUGGCGCUCGCUCAGCUAUGUCGCCUGGGACCUCGCCGCCGUCGCCGGACUCCUCGCCGCCGCCGCCUACCUCAACAGCUGGGCCUUCUGGCCGAUCUAUUGGGUAGCGCAGGGCACCAUGUUUUGGGCCUUGUUCGUCCUCGGCCACGAUUGUGGGCACGGGAGUUUUUCAGACAAUACCACGCUGAAUAACGUGGUGGGACAUGUACUACAUUCCUCAAUCCUUGUACCUUAUCAUGGAUGGCGAAUCAGCCACAGAACACACCACCAGAAUCAUGGUCACGUGGAGAAGGACGAGUCAUGGGUGCCGCUGCCUGAGAAUUUAUACAAGCAGCUCGAUUUCUCAACCAAAUUCUUGAGAUACAAAAUCCCAUUCCCCAUGUUUGCCUACCCUCUCUACUUGUGGUAUAGAAGUCCCGGAAAAACUGGAUCUCACUUCAACCCAUAUAGCAGUUUGUUCAAACCUAAUGAGAGAGAUUUGGUGAUCACUUCCACCAUUUGUUGGGCCGCAAUGGUUGCUUCUCUCCUCUAUGCUUCCACCAUUGUUGGCCCCAGCUCGUUGUUCAAGCUUUACGGUGUGCCUUAUUUGAUAUUCGUUGUGUGGUUGGACACGGUUACAUAUUUGCACCACCAUGGUUACGACAAGAAACUCCCUUGGUACCGCAGUAAGGAAUGGAGUUAUUUACGAGGAGGAUUGACGACAGUAGAUCAAGACUAUGGAAUAUUCAAUAAAAUUCACCACGAUAUUGGCACCCAUGUUAUACACCAUCUCUUCCCUCAGAUCCCACAUUACCAUUUAGUGGAGGCGACGAGGGAGGCGAAAAGGGUGCUGGGGAAUUACUACAGAGAGCCCAGAAAAUCUGGACCAGUUCCGUUUCACCUAAUUCCUACGUUGUUGAAAAGUCUAAGUAGGGAUCAUUACGUCAGUGAUAAUGGAGACAUAGUUUACUAUCAAACAGAUGGUCAACUAUUUUCAUCUAAAGAGAUUUAGUGAUGGGCUCUAAAUUUACCCAAAUCAUAUUAGAUUUAUUUUAUAGUAGCUUUUUGGGGUCACAUUAUUUUUAUUAGAGAAAUAAUGUGCAACAAGAAGAAUUUUAAAUAACUGUAGUGAGUUUUUUAUGAUGCAAUUUUGCUCUCCCUUUUCUCUUUUUUCCCCCUUUUCAUUUAUGAUCAUGUAAGGUUGCUUUAAAUAAAGUUUUUUUUAGCUAA